UGUAAUUUGGCCAACAUGAAAGUUGAUCCACGAAUUAAUUAAAUAUUGGCAAUUUUUUUAACAUUUUAGAAAUCACUUUCUUGUUCAUCUACAUCAAAAUGAGUGUCAAGGCAUUUGAGCUAGUUCCCGCUGUAGAGCGAGUGAAGCUUAUGUCUGAAAAGGCAAACACACAGAUUUCAUGUAUAGAUGUGUGUGGGAAAAAUCUUUACAUUGGAACCAAUGAUUGCUUUGUUGUGCACUAUAGUAUUGAUGAGAAAACAGUAUCCUCUGCUGGCCGAGUCUCAUUCCACAGUGAAAAACAAGGUCACAAAUAUCUAGCUGUGAAAAAGCCUAUUAUACAGAUCAAGGCAGCGUCUGCACUGAACAGAAUUCUUGUGCUGUGUGACAGCACCCUUACUCUGCUCAACAUGUUCGACCUGGAGCCCAUUAUGACUGGUGCAAAGAUAAAGGGUGUGUCCUAUUUCUGCAUGAAUGAUAAUCCCGUAAGAACAAACCCAUUUUGUAUUGAGAUUUGUGUAGCACUAAAGAAGAAACAGAUUCAGAUGUACACCGUGACAGAAGAUCGGAUAAUACAGCUUCGAGACCUCCCAGUGCCGGAGCCAGCAGUGGUUCUCAGUGUUGAUGGAAUUCAUGUGUGUGCUGCUCUCCAGACUCAGUAUUUAAUGAUCAACUCAGAAACCAGCCAAACUCAGGACCUCUUCCCUUACGACAGUGAGCAGAUUAAUCCAGUCAUAAAAAGAAUCAGUAAGGACGAAUUUCUUCUGUCUGGUCCCAGUGCUCUUGGGAUGUUUGUGACGUCAGAGGGAAUUUCCCAAAGGCCGCCCAUGCAGUGGUCCGACAACAUCGUCAGUGUGACCUUCGUUCACCCCUAUGUGAUUGCCAUGAACGACGAGUUUAUCACGGUUCACAGUAUUUUGGACCAGCAGCAGAAGCAAGCGAUUCCAUUCCAGGGUGGAGUUUUCCUUGGCAAUUUCGAUGGGCAUGUCUUUGUUGCAUCCUAUCGUCAGAUUUAUUCUCUCAUUCCUGUUGCCUUUGAAAAGCAGAUUCAGGCGUUACUGGCUGACAAGCGGGUAUCCGAAGCACUGGAACUUGCUCAGAAUGCUAACAAGACAGGAAUGAGUAAAGAAAGGUUUAUGAAGAUGUACCAGAAGAUACAGCAGCAGGCUGGUUUUAUUGAGUUUUCUGAACAACAUUUUGAAGAGGCAGCUGACCUGUUUAAGGAAGGUCAGGUUGACAUUCGUGAGAUUGUGUGUUUGUACCCGAACAUGCUGCCUACCAGCGUGAACUUCGUCCGGUCCACGCCUCCACUGCACGAGAUCGCAGACAUCAACCAGAUAACACACGGGGACGAAGACGGAAUCAAAGAAUACAAGUACUUCCUCAGAUCUUACUUGGAAGAGAUGAAGGGAACGAAGAGUGCAAUAGGAUAUAGACAGAUUAUUGACGUUGCAUUGAUGAAACUCUAUGCAGAAGUGAAUUCCCCAGAGUUAAUUCCCCUUAUAUCUGUGGAUACGGGCUGUGAAUUAAAAGACUGUGUAGAUUGUCUGGAAGAACAUAAACGUUACCAUGCUCUUGCCUUGUUGUAUAAAUACCAUGGUGAUUGUGACAAAGCUCUUAGUUUGUGGACUAGAUUAGUAGAUGAAACUAUUACAGAUGAAUCUUUUCCGGGUUUGGAAUUUGUUGUGGAGUUUUUAUCAAACUUGAAUGAUCAUGAACUCGUGUGGAAGUACAUUGACUGGUCUCUGGAAAAAGAUGAAGAACUAGCAGUUCAAAUAUUUACAGAGAGACCUAAGAAUGAAAUCCAGACAGAGCGCUUGCGGCCCGACGCUGUUAUAGAUUAUCUUCACCGCUUUCCAAAGGCUGUCAUCACCUACCUCGAAUACCUUGUUUUUCAGAAGAAGUUGGAAAAAGAAAAAUAUCACACACAUUUGGCAGUGCUAUAUUUGGAUACAGUACUGAGAUUAAUGAAAACCAACAAUGUAAAGAAAGAAGAAAUUGACAUUGCAAGAUCCAAACUGAGAACUAUGCUACAGAUGUCAAACCUGUUCCGAGUUCAGCUCAUACUGGGUAAAGCCAAGGAAACCGAGAUGCAUGCAGAGUGUGCAAUAUUAUAUGGAAAGCUAGAAGAGCAUGAUAAAGCUCUGCGUAUCCUCGUGCACAAGCUGAAGGAUUUUGGUGCAGCUGAAAACUAUUGCCUUCUCAACUCAGAUGGGAAGGAUCCGUCUUAUCGCAAACGACUCUUUCAUAUUCUUCUCAGUGUUUACCUAGAUCCUAGCUUUGAACGUAAGGAUACGCUGGUGGCCCCGGCUGUAGCUCUGCUCAAUAGCAAUGUGGCCGAUUUUGACACUGUCAAGGUUUUACAGCUCCUACCAGAAAACUGGUCAGUCGGGCUGCUGUCUCAGUUUCUGACACGAGCCGUCAGGAAGAGUAUGCACUCCUGUCGACUCUCAAGAAUAGAACGCAUGAUGGCAAGGGGAGAGAAUUUAAAUGUGAAGGAAAUGUGUAUAGAAUUGCAGCGAGAACCUAUAGGCAUGAAUGAUGAUAGGAUGUGUGCAGUGUGUAACAGAGGUUUCAGUGACCCAACGUUUGUGCGCUACCCCAAUGGAGUUGUGACUCAUGUGCACUGUGCCAAAAACAAAUACGUCUGCCCAGUGACGGGCAAACUCUUUAGUACUAGAGUUAAAAAAGUGGACGUCGAAUCACACAAAUGAUCCUGGUGGAUGGUAGGGCGUUUCAAAAUGUUGGAGAUUUGCAGGCAAAUUGUUUGAGCAAAGUGAAGAACUUGGAAAUGUUAUCUAUUGUCAUUUUCAUUAGACGGUGAAGUUAGGGCAUUUACUGUUUUUUUCAACAACAAAAAAUGGAAGUGAAUGGAUUGUUAAUUGUUAACUGAUCAAAUGAUUGACUCGGUGUUGUUGAAACUGGUGCAGCAGUAGCAUGUUCGGGAUAGUGGGCAAUCGUACGAUGUAUUCAAAACUGUAUUCUUGAAGGACUGAGAAUGCCUUCUCAUCACACCACCAGCAAAUGUAGUGUGGACCUUGAGAACAGAAUCACAUUUAGUGUUGGGAAUCGGUUGGCAUUUCAUCAUCGACCAUCAGUUACAAUGGGUUUGCACCAGCCGAUCAGCUUCUAAUUACGCAGUUGAUUGAAAUUAAACAAACAUAAGAAAUUUUUGAUUUAUAAGGAUCAUGCACCUAUUGUCUUCAUCACCGAAAUAGACAACACAAAUCGCCAAUUUUAUUUUUAUUAACUAAUUAAUAUCUGUCUUUUUUAUCUUUAUGUAUACAUGAAAACAAAUAUAGGUGCCAUCAUCUAAACUGGAGGAAUAGUUACAGUUAACAUUUUCCCACACAAUCGAUUAUCGAUUUUUGUAAUCGAUCAUCACAUUGGUCAAGCAAAACCGAUCAAUUUUCAAUUAUAAUCGAUCAUUUGGAACAUCACUACAAUCAUUCGAAAAGUUUAGGUUUAGGAACACAUUUUCUAGCACCAGAACAGAGUUUUGAAGACAUGCCUCAGUGUUCACGAUUGAUUCAGUAUAGUGUUUAUUGAGCUGACUGUAAGAAGCGCUCAUUGUCCCCCAACAUACGACACUGGUUAACCACAAAUUAGGGACAGACAUGGCUGAUGCAAGGCCACCCACUUUAUUUAUUCUGCCAAAAAAAGAAGCGGCAAGCAUAUAUAUUUUUAUAUUUGAUGUGCAAGUGUUCAGAAAGUACUAGUGAGCUUACUAGUUGCGAGUAAAAAUUCUGAUGGGUGAAUUGAAAAAUAAACCACUAGUCCAACUGAUGUCCUUUUUCAGAAAAACAAAUCUGUACAGAUUUCCGUAUUUGUUCCUCAACUCCUUGUUGUUUGUUCAGUACAGAAUGAAUGAAUCUGUAUGUCAGUGAAAUGUAAUUUAGUUUUAACUUUCUUAAUGCAGUGUAUGAAAUUGUGUAACUUGAGACUGUAACUUUAACAAAGCUAUAGCUUUAACCUAAAGCAUAUUUUAAACCGAUUUAAGUAUGUGUCGAAGGGUGGGGUGGGGAAUAAUGAAGUCGUAUGGAUCCUCAGUUGCUGCUGGUUUUCACUGGUUUAAGUGUAUUGAAGAAACACGCUGCUGUUAAAUGGGUGGUUUAUACGUUUAAACUGCAAGACAUUAAGUAUAACGGCCUUUGAUUAAAGGGACAUACCCUAGUUUCAAUCCGUGAAAAUUAACACUAAGUUCAGUUAAUCUACAAACCUGUAACACAUUUGGAUUAAGUUACAAUUGAGUGAAA